AUGGCGUCCAUAGCGGAGGGGCUUUUCAAGGCUCUUCCGAAGCCGAAAUACACCGGCGAGGAGGAGGAGCUCCCACAACACGCGCAGCCCCGUGGCCCCCGGGUCGUCGGCCCCGGCCAACUCGAUGAAUCCCAGAUUGUGCUCCGGAGAACCGGACCUCCCCCCUAUCAGAACCGCGCCGGAUGGCGGCCGCGGGCCCCCGAGGACUUCGGCGACGGCGGCGCGUUCCCGGAGAUCCUGGUGGCGCAGUACCCGCUGGACAUGGGCCGCAAGGGGACGGCGUCGACGUCGAACGCGCUGGCGGUGCAGGUGGACGCGGAGGGGAAGGUGAAGUACGACGCGAUCGCGCGGCGGGGCCACGGCGACCAGCGGAUCGUGCACGCCUCGUUCAAGGACCUGAUCCCGCUGCGGCAGCGGGUCGACAUGGGCGAGGUGUCGCUGGACCGGCCGUCGGAGGAGGAGGUGGCGGCGCAGAUGGAGAAGACCAAGACCGCGCUGGCCAGUCUGGUGGAAGGGGCAGUGUCGGCGCAGAAGCCCAAGAACGUGCGCGGGGGCCGCCGCGCCGAGCCCACCUUCGUGCGCUACACGCCCGCCAACAACCAAAUGGGCGAUACCUCGCGCAAGAACGACCGCAUCAUGAAGAUCGUCGAGCGCCAGCAGGAUCCCAUGGAGCCGCCCAAGUUCAAGCACAAGAAGAUUCCCCGGGGCCCGCCCUCGCCCCCGCCGCCGAUCAUGCACUCCCCGCCCCGCAAGUUGACCGCCGAGGAUCAGGAGGCCUGGAAGAUUCCCCCGCCCGUGUCGAAUUGGAAGAAUCCCAAGGGUUAUACCGUGCCGUUGGAUAAGCGCUUGGCCGCCGAUGGUCGCGGGUUGCAGGAUGUCACGAUCAACGAUAAGUUCGCCCAGUUCGCCGAGGCGCUGUUCACGGCCGACCGGCACGCGCGGGAGGAGGUGCGGCUGCGCGCCCAGAUGCAGCAGAAGUUGGCGGAGAAGGAGAAGGCCCAGAAGGAGGAGCAUCUGCGCGCGUUGGCGCAGAAGGCCCGCGACGAGAGAGCGGGCGGCGGCAGUCGUCGUCCGCGGGACUACUCGCGGUCGCCGUCCGCCCGCAGUGUCAGCCGCAGCCCGUCGCGGUAUUCGGAUCGGUCCGGCACGCCGAGUGGCGGGGAGGACGAGGACGAGCGGGCGGCCCGGCAGCGGGAGCAGAUGCGGCGCGAGCGGCGGCAGGAGGCGGAGCGGCAGCUGCGGCAGUCGCGCAUGGGCACGGAGCGGCGCAUCCAGAUGAUGGCGCGCGAGCAGAACCGGGACAUUUCGGAGAAGGUGGCGCUGGGCCUGGCCAAGCCGACGCAGUCGUCCGAGGCCAUGUACGACUCGCGGCUGUUCAACCAGACGAGUGGCAUGAGCUCCGGGUUCAACGAGGACAACCCCUACGACAAGCCGCUGUUCGCCGCGCAGGACGCCAUCAACAGCAUCUACCGGCCCCGUGCGCAGCUGGAUGACGACGAGGAGGGGGAGGGCGCGGGCGAGGAGAUGAGCAAGAUCCAGAAGUCGAGCCGGUUCGAGGUUCUGGGCCGCGCUAAGGAGGGUUUCAAGGGUGCUGAAUUGGCGGAGGCUCGCGAUGGUCCCGUGCAGUUCGAAAAGGACACGACGGACCCCUUCGGUAUCGACAGCAUGAUCGCCGACGUCACGGGAGGCGCGGGAUCAUCGGGCCAGAAGCGCUACGGACUCGAGGAAGUCGAUCGUUCCGAGCGUGGCUCGAAACGUGCCCGGGUGGAUGACGAUUAA